AUGGAGCGUACGGGCAUGUCUUCAUGGAUCACAAGGAAUGAGUAUCUUUUCUAUCUAAGCCUAACCGAUGAAGAGGAGGAUGGCAUUCACUCUGGCCAAUGGAAGGACAUGGGACUUGCCGAACCACCAGCGGGCCUUUUUGAGAGCAGCAUGGGUGAUAUAGGAUUCGUCACUGCGCUGGCGUCGCAACGAUCUUUGACCACAACAACCAUUCAAGAUCAACCGCACAACUGCUGUGGACGAUCUCAUACUUUUCCUUACAUCGAGAAACUGAUCCAAGCAACCAGAAGUCGUUGCACCAAGCAAGCUUCCCAAAGCAUGUUUCCAAGCCACACUCGCCGCCCUGGCGACCCCGUCAACAACCUCGCCGGCGCGGAGAACAGCAGCAGCAUGGCGGCUCCACGCAUUGGAGGCACACAGUGCGGUCCAUGUGUCCAACAGCCGAGCCACCGUCUUGUCCCAUGCCAGCAUACUGUCUGCUAUGACCACUACUUGGCUCAUCCUGACGGUGCACCUGCUCGCUGUGCCCGUUGUCUUAAGACUGUCGCUACCAUCCUUGACGUAAGCGCAUUCGGCAGUUCAACUGUCGACGACCUCUCAGACGUGACCCGUUGUCUGAGACUGUCCCCUACAAGCAGCUCCAACACUGUUUGGGGUAGCCCUGCUCUCGUUGAAUCCAACUUCCCAUCUGUUGCCGCAAGCGUCGCCAACAUGCGUGGCAUUGUCAGUGAGCCUGUCGAGAACCAGUUCCACAUGCCCAUCGAAGAGCAGGGUGUGCACACUCCCCCUCUUUUGAACGAGAACCUGCUUGGUGUUACCAACCGUGGUGUCAUCGACCAUGGUUGUUCCAUGACUGGCAGCCAGCAACGCGAGACUCAUCCUGAUGUCCAGCCUGACCUCGUCCAGCCUGAACAGUCCCGCCGUACUCAAGCUCAAGGCAACCAGCGUCAGCAGCCCAUGCACGAUCGCUUUCCAUCGUUCAACCCUGCCAGACCUGCAGUCGACAACUUCCCUGAGUACGCCAGACGUGAUGCCGCCAACGCUGUGCAGAGCCCCAUACCCAGCGCUCGUCAGCACCCUGCCGCCAAUGUGCAACAGCCCUCGGUCGCUCACGCUCAGCAGCGUUCAUCUCGUGGACAGUCCGACGCCCCUUACAUCCAUGGCCCCCAGCCCGGUCCCUUCAGAGCUUCUCAUGCUUUCCGCGAGCUCGCAACUCCUGCCCCCGAGGCUGAGAACACUCGUGUUGAGCCCACUCGUGCCGAGACGCUGCAACAGUUUGUCGCAUCCCAGCAGCAGUUUGCUAUGCAGCAGCGCCUCCAGGAGCAACAGGAGCAGCAGCAACAGCGCUCUGCCGACAUAUACCAGCCUCCCGCCCACAUGCAGCAGAACUUUGGACAGAUGCAACCUACUCCCAACAUGUACCCACAGCACAUUGGUCCUUCCCAGGUUCGCUACUUUGACCCCAGCACUGACCCCCGUCUUUCUGGUGUCUUGUCGCCCGACAACAUGCAGCGCCCUUAUGCUGUUUCUGGUGUGCCCGGUAUGGUUCCUCUGUCGAACUACAACCUCGCUCCUCAUGUUCAGCAGCCUGUCCCUUUCACUCGUGGUCAGAUAUCCAACGGCUACAACAUGAACGGCUACCAACCCAAUGGUUACCCUGGAGGCGGUCACUUCACCAACACUGCUCAGAUGAACGGCCAUCAGAUGAACAGUCAACAGAUGCACCCUGGUCACUUCAACGGCCCUCAGAUGAACGGCCCUCAGAUGAAUGGUCAACAGAUGAACGGUCAACAGAUGAACGGUCAACAGAUGAACGGUCGUCAGAUGAACCCUGGUCACUUCAAUGGCCCUCCUCAGAUGAACCGUGGCCAGAUGAACUUUGACCAGAUGAACUCUGGUUCCCUCAACAGCCCUCCUCAUAUGAAUGGCUCUCACGUCCAGAGCCCUCAAGCUCACCGUCCCCAGAUGUCUGGCCCCCAGGUGCCUGGCUCUCAGAUGCCUGGCUCUCAAAUGCCUGGCCCCCAGAUGCCUGGCUCUCAGAUGAACCAUCCUCCCAUAAACAUGAACGGUCAAUACAUGGGUGGCUACCAGACAAAUGGCAACGUGCCCCGACCCCGUGCUCUGUCUCCUCAUGCCGAUCCUUUUGUCGACUCUCGCUCGCCUGAGGACAAUUAUGCCUCCUUUGUCUCGGCCAUGGAGAACACGGUCAACUCUCCUAUCGGUAGCCCCGUCAGCAACAACGGCAAUGGCUACACCUGGGCCCGCAGCCCUCCGCAGGUCAGUAACGCUGUCGACAUCGCUCAGAAGCACAAGACUCAUGCUGCACUCAUGGCCGAGGCCAUCAAGUCAGGCUCCUUUGAGCAGUAUGAUGGCAGAUCCCCUCCUGGUGGUCACGGUUUCGUCGGCCCUAGCUCUGGCCCCGAGAGAGAGUUUGCUCUUCAGCCCUUCGUUCGCAGCCAGGCAGUCAUGUCGCCUGAGAUCAUGCCUGACCCUGAGUGGAUUGGUGCUCACAACACCACUCUUCCCACCAUUGAGGAUGUUUAUGACUUCAUCCCUUUCGUCAACCCUUUUGACGACGUACACCCUUGCACCUAUGGUGUAAUCAAGAUUGGUAACAUCCCUUAUGGGACUUCCAAGAAUGAAGUUGUUGCUACUCUUGGUCGCAGCACUCGUAUUACCCCCCAGCCUCGUGGCACUGCCUACUUUGCCAUCCACAUCAUCAUGGAGCGCUCUACUGGCAAGACUAUGGAUUGCUACGUCGAGAUCGAGACUCCUGAAUUGGCCGAGGCUACAGUCAAUGCCUACAGACAGCGCCUCGAGAACAAGCGCCCCCCUCGCAUCGGUGAGCGCUACAUCGACAUCAGCCUGAGCAGCCAGGAAGCUCUCAUGACAGAGCUCUUCCCCCGUGCCAAGUGCGUCGAGUGGGAUGGUCACAACCCCAUCGUCCACACCACUGAUGAACUCUACAACUCUGGCUUCCAGGGCUUCGUCACCGCCGAGGAGUUGGUCAUGAUUACCAAGCACGCCGAGACUCCUCAGCGUUCGCCUUUCGCCCUGCGCUGUGUCAACCGCACCUACGAGGCCAUGAUCUCGUUGAUGCACAAGUACCCUUGGCACGCGGCCGAGCACAUCUCCAUCCGUGAGCGUACCGACUUGGCUGUCUGUGCUAUCCAGCAGCUGCGCGUUCUGAUCGACGCUGUCCAGCGUGGCACUUAUCCUCAGCAGCUGCACCGUCCUCUGCUUCAGGAGUACGUUACCGCAUGUCUCAGCAACCCUGGCUUCAGCGCCCAGCAAAAGGCUUACAUUGCCAACUCUACUGCCGAAUGCGGCUUUGGCGGAAUGCUGGCCUACAUCCCUUACACCCACGUCCAGUCCCCCAGUGGUCAACUGUGGGUCUUUGAGGUUCUGGUCAAGAAGCCCGAGGCCUCUGAGCAGCUCCUCCACUACGUCAUGUCCCUCAUGGGCAUGGCCACCAACCCCAAGGGUGACUUCGUUCCCAAGGGCGACGCCCCUCGUGACUCGUGUCUCCAGCUCCCAGAAGCCGGUCUCGCCGCCAUCUCGCCCUUCGGCCACUUCUGCGUCCAGUACUUCAAGCAGACAGAUACCUGCUCGCUCAAAGAAGCCAUGCAGGUCGAAUGGACCGCUCUCUGGCAAGCUCUGUCUCGCGUCCUGCCUUCUGGCCAGCCCCAGCCCCAAGCCAUCGACCACGAUCAUGCUUAUACCGAGUACGGCGAGCUCGAGCAGGAUGGUGGUGCCGAGGAGUACGGCCACUACGAAGAUGGUGGUCAGAUGCUUACCAUCACCAACACCGAGCACAAUGAUUAA